CUCUCGUCUCAAGUGUAUUUGACCAUUAGACGCUCUCUUACUGCUAAGGUAACUGCGAAUAACUCACGCAAGAGAAGUUGACUGUUCGAGGCAAGACUAUGGAUCAGUCAGCAAUACGAUGGUCACACCAACUUUAUCGAUAAGACGUGAUUCCAGGCCCCUCCCCCGCCAUUCACAGUGAUGCGACUCGCCAUGCUUCAUUGGGCCAGCCGCCAUCACACUGCGACACCUACGUCACGAUAAGGUAGCUUUGGUAGCUUAGGUGGCUCACCACUUCAACCGUUCCCUUUACAUUCCUCGACCGACUCCCUCGCAGCCCCUCCAAUUUAAUUCCCCCAACGGGUGCCGCAUUCCAGCAGUGUUUGAGAGUGAGCCCGGAAUAAAACGAAAAUAGAACACAAAUACCGGCAGAUACGAGUUCCAGAGAUAACCAGGUUACCAGUGCCAAACCAUCAUGUCUCCUGUGUUAGUCGUUGGCGGCACGCGAGGCCUCGGGGCGUCCCUCAUCAAACAGUAUGCCGCUGACGCGGACAACACCGUCUACGGCACCACGCGUUCCGAAGAAGGACCCGAAGGCUUCUCCGAUGCCGUAAAGUGGCUCCCAGGUAUCGACUUGAUGGACGAGAAUGUCGGUAAGACCCUAGUCAGUGUGCUCGGUGGUUCGAAGCCGCUCUCGACGGUGAUCAUCACGGCGGGCUACUUCGCGACGGAGGACUUCAGCACCGAAAAGGGUCCGAACUGGGCCGAAGAGCAGCGCAUGUACACAACGAGCUCCAUCGCCCCCGUCUUCAUCGUCCACGCGCUCGCGCACGCCGGUCUUCUCCAAAAGGACUCCAAGGUUGUGCUCGUCUCGUCCGAGUCCGGGAGCAUCACCCUCCGACACGAGAAGGAGGGCGGCGGCAACUAUGCCCACCACGCAUCCAAGGCCGCAUUGAACAUGGUGGGCAAGCUGUUGAGUCUCGAUUUGAAGGACAAGGGCGUCAUCAUUAGUAUCGUGCACCCGGGUUUCAUGCGUACUGAGAUGACCAAAGGCGUGGGAUUCGAUAAGUACUGGGACGAUGGCGGUGCCGUCACCCCCGACGAAGCCGCCGACAGUCUCAUCAAAUGGACAACAAAGCUCGACAUUUCCAAGACGGGCGAGUACUGGGCGCCGAGAGGUCCGCGUGACAUCGGUACGGCUGAGCCGGUUCUUGGCAAAGAGCUCUCAACACCGCUCCAUCUCCCUUGGUGAUGGCUUGGAAUGCAUCUUCUUUUACCAAAGCGAGAGAUCACAUCGGUGGUCCGCCAAUGCGCAAGAGACGCUGGACACGGAACACCCGUUGUCCAGACUUCGUCCCUACUCGUGCAGACAAGGUGAUUCCUGUAGGAUUUGAACAGGCUUCAUGGAUGCUGAGUCGGGUUGAGUGAGCGCAAGAGGACCCGGGUUUUGCGAGGGACCGUGACGUGCAUAUCCGUCUACUAUGUACAUAGUGUAUGUUCGUACAAGGAGCAGGUCUGUUCCAGUGCCGUCCAGUGCUUUCUGGCGAAGUUGGGCUCAGACUCAGGCUCUGCGGGCAUUAGUGGGUUGAAGGGCCCAGACCGGGAGGCGGUCACCGUGAAGAAAGCCGUAAUUGAGACGAACGAUUGCCCUGAU